AAAAAAGGCGGAAGUUGAGGAGUAGAUCAGGCUGGAUGUAUUCUCUGUUGUUAAGUGUGUUUAUUUGUAGUUGAAAUGGGUCGGAAUGAAAACCGGUUCUUUUGAAUGUGAUAUGGAGAAUUUUUUUCUGGAUAAAACUAAACUGUCCAGUCGGAGACUGAACCGAUACAGAAGCUUCAUCAUCCAUUUUUGAGGAGUUGGGUUUUGAAGGCGCUUUCACUGGUCCUGCUAGCAAAGAGAUGUCAUUUUAUAUUUGCUAGAAAUAUAGCCACAAACAGGGAAAAGGUUAAUAUUGGACGUGGCGUGUUUUAGGAGAAAGAGAAUGCUGUUUUGUUGUGAACAUUUGGAAUCAGUGUCGCUAGCAUGAUAGAUAAACAAAUAAACAGGUUUAAGUCAAAAAGAGAGAAUUUUUUUUUUUUUGUGAGGAAAUUGUAAUCAGUCGGAUGUUAGCAUCGUUGCUAAAUGCUACCUGGUUGUUUUGUUAGGAUGUGGAUGAGGAUGUGUCGCCUCAGUGAUGUGAGGUAGAGUGGCUUAGAUUAAAAAAUAAAAUAAAAUAUGGGGUUUAUAUCCGCUUUAGUGAGGAGGAAAUGGAGGAUGGAAAAAAUAAUUAACUGAUAUUAAUAUAAACAUUGAUUCCAGAGACAUUUUUUUUCCUCAGACAGGCUGAACAUUUUUUCUUUGAGGAGAUUUUUUUUUUUUUUUAAAUAUCUCGCUUAACGUCAUAAACAUGGCGAACCCUGGAGUCAGCGCGGUGUUUCUGUCCCGAGCCGAGGACGGAAAUGCAGCCGGACACCUGCUGUCCAGAGCCGGGGACGGAUCCGGGCCAGGGCCGCUGCUGCCCUCCAACUCCUCUCCCACGGACACCGACAUGAAGGGAUGCGCCAACGGGGACCUGAUGGACAGUUUCGGGAUCUUCCUGCAGGGCCUCCUCGGGGUCGUAGCCUUCAGCACCCUCAUGUUGAAACGCUUCAGAGAACCCAAGCAUGAAAGAAGACCCUGGAGGAUCUGGUUUCUUGACACUUCCAAACAAGCCAUCGGGAUGCUCUUCAUUCACUUUGCCAACGUGUACCUGUCGGACCUCACCGAGGAGGACCCGUGUUCGCUAUAUCUGAUCAACUUCCUGUUAGACGCUACACUGGGCAUGUUAGUGAUUUAUGGUGGUGUGAAGGCCGUCAGCGCCGUGGUCGAGUGGAGGCAGUGGGACUCGUUACGCUUUGGAGAGUAUGGGGAGCCAAUACAGUGUACUGCCUGGGCAGGCCAGUGUGCACUAUACAUCCUCAUUAUGAUCUUCGAGAAGGUGGUCAUCCUCCUCGUGCUUCUCAUCCCUCAGUGGAAGAAGCUGGCGAUGCUGAACCCCAUCACAAACCCACAGCUGGAGCUGGCUCUCGUUAUGCUAAUCGUGCCGUUCUUCGUUAACGCGCUGAUGUUCUGGGUCGUCGAUAACUUCCUGAUGAAGAAAGGCAGGACAAAAGCCAAGCUGGAGGAGAGGGAGGUCGGGGACGAUUCACGAGGCAGCAGCAAGGUGCGCUACAGACGAGCGCUGUCUCACGACGACUCCGAGUCAGAGAUCCUGUUCUCGGCGGAUGACGAAAUGGAUGAUUCGGACGGCGACGAGGACAUACGCAGGCUCACCGGUCUCAAAACGGUUAAGAAAAAGAAACAUCGCCUGGGCAUUCCUGUCUGACAUGAGAUCAGGCUUUAGACCUUCUCAUUCCUGUUCCACAUUCACUCUGCUGCCUUCUGCUAGUCUGAGCAAGAUCGGCGUGCGUCCAGGCUUUCACCCGUGCAUGGAUCUGAUCUGCAGGUAGGAGGAGCAACACACUCCUGAACUCAGCCCGAGGAGCUGUGAAGCUGUCGGAGCGUCCUGAUCACGGGCGAGGAUGGAAUGGGACUCCUUCUUUCUUGCUGGUUUCUAGAACCUUCUCUCCUUCCAACCCGCUCCUGUUGAUCUCGGAUCAUUCGGUUUUUCUAAUAUGUCCAUCAUGUGACUAAGGAAGUGUGUAGUGGUGUAAAUCGGCGCUGCUUCUUUAUACCGAGACGCACUGGAGGGGUGGAAUGGCUGAAUGGCCGCUCAGCCUGGACGGACUUGAUGUGAAAGACGAAAGCAGCAAAAUCUAACUUGGGAGAAUUAACCCAGCCUUCAAGCACACCUCUACCUUUAACGUUUAUCUUCCGUCGUGUUUGCGCGUUGUCUCUUCACCUGUACGUAGAACAAAUUAAAAUAACACGAGUGCUGGUUUCAUGUUUAUGUUGAACUUGUGUGAUGCAAAGAUCUCAGGAAGAAAUGGUUUGGUGAGCAGUAUAAAGCGAUACGAAGUUUUUUUUUUUUUUGGGGGGGUUUCAUAUAAAAUGGAACGUCCUUGCAUAACUGUGAAAAAGACCUUUUCUGCAAAGUGUGUGUUUGGGGGGGGGACGCUCAUCUGUCUGUGUUUGUGUCCCUUCUUUGGUCCUGCAGUGUCUUAGGGUUCCUUAAUCAAGGUGGGAAAUUUUGAUUUCUCGGGCACCUUUUGCACAAUUUGUUUCAUCACUGUGGUGUCAACUGUUAUGGGUGGGGUUCCCCCCCCCUCCUUUCUUCCCUUGUGCAGGCGGUCGUUUGGAGAGUUGACCUAUAAAACAUCUGGUGUAUUAUGCCUCUGUGAUAUUCUCUCGGUAUGUAACCUGUUUGUUUUGGGCGGGAAAGACAUGAAACUUCUCGUACACUCUGCCUUCUCUGAAGCGAAGUUCAGAUUCUGGCGUCCUGUAUAAACGGUAGCAUUUUCCCCUGAGGAUAUCGAGAGAAUCAGUGUACAAACUCACGUUUUGUCAGUUAUUUUUGUGCUGCCAGUUCACCCUGGUGUCAGCGUGAGUGUGUUCUAAUGUCUAGAAGCUCCGUGCGCAUGCUCGGCCUGCUGAUUUGAGUACUGUGAUGAUCGGCGGCAAUGCUGAUUGUAGAUAGUUUUUGAAAAACACUGACCAUGGACACUUGGGUGAAGUCGGUGCUCGGACACCAAACUCUUAAAUACUAACGACUACUUGAUUUGGAUCACUCACAAGUUACACUCUCAUUCUAUGCCUUUUUUUUCAAUAAACAAUGUCAAGUUUC